AUGGCACUAGAUUUGGUGUCGCUGGCCGAUGAGUUGGCGGAGGUUAUGCUGGAUGGGGCCGGGGCCCAAUGCAACAUGACCAUAGACACUGUUGAAGCUUGUCGCGAUGCCGUCUGCAUUGCCAUCCAGCUCUUGUCGAAUUCACGUAUCCUGUGGCCAUUUCUGCCCGAAGCUGUGGCACGCGACCCCCAUUUGAUGGAUGGGGCACGUGAGGCCACACCUCCCAGCGAGAGGUUCGAGUAUCGAUUGAUUGCGUUAGAGCCGCCAACAUCGACAAGUGGGGACCUGUCGGGACCAUCAUCCCGCCAUCUGCCGCCGCCGAUAGCGGCGCCGGAUCAGCUAGCACCAGUGCAGCGUCCGCGGGCACGGUCGGCCAGCCCUGCCCCGGGAGGGGCGAUUUGCGAGGAGGACCAAAAGAGACUGUUCUGCCAUCCCGGUGAUUGGGACCAUCCAGAUACGCAGACAUCGGGGGCUGCAAGCAGCAGCGCACCAGCACCGCGAGACGAAGGUGACAUCCCGGCGGACAUCCCGGCAGAUUCUUUGCACCUUCGGGCACCCGACCCGGCGCCAAGGCCGGCCUUGAGCCAUGGAGGGGGCACGGGCGAGCUGUCAGUCCGCAGCUUCAGCGUGCCGUUGGCUGGAGACGCGGGUGGCACGGAAGGUGACACUGCAGGUGCUGAGGAAGCAACGCCAGAUGCCGUGGAAGUGCACGACGAGGUGCACAACUACUUGCUGCAUGAGAAUGUGCAACAGUUUGUGGAGGAAAAGGAUGCAGUUGACGAGAUGUUCCUUCCCUUCCAUGUUUUGCGCUUCCUUGCCUGGUUCAGUUUUCUACUUGGCCGGGCCAGGGUAAGUCGCGAGGAUCAGAUCGGUCUGAACUCCAUGCGGUCAUUCAUUCACGAUGCCUUCGCGCUCUUGCGCUUGGCAUGGUACGAAAUUGCUGCCUCCACCGUCAGGUCGGCUCACCUUGAAGAUGGGGAGCACAGUGUGACCCUGCCCUUGCGAGGUGCAGAGGGGACCAAUGCCAUCGCCGAGGAGGAGGAGGAGGAGGUUGCCGAGUCCCGACCCGAUCCAGCGGGCCCCGCCCACAGAGACCGCGGCGACGCCAGUCGGGGUCAUGAUGAUGAGGAUGUCGAUGACGAUGAAUUGGCAGACCCCCAGGCCUCCUACGUCUUCCCAGAGCAGAAGUCGACGUUCAAGACCAUCUUCAAGAGAUGCGUUUUCAGAGCGCUGCCCGCUUCCCUGGUAACGGGACUGGUGUUAUUCAUUUUCAUCAUGCUCGUCCACAUUGUCAACCUCCGAGAGGACGUCUCCGGAGUUGUUCUGAAUUCGCGGCAGGCGUUUAUUGACAGCAUUUCAGUAGCAGCGAAGGGAUAUGGACGCAGUGCGACAGAAGUGUCCAAUCUGAGCUUGGUGGGGAAAACGCAAUACCAUCGGCUCGUCGACAGCCUGACGGGCGAGGAGCGCGUCGUUCGUGGGCCACUGGUUUAUGCGCCCGAGCCACUUGAGCAACUGGUCAAUGAGACGGAGGAGGCACUGAUGAUCAAUGCGCAAGAGUCUGUUCUUGUCGAGAACAGGAGCUCAGGCAUACUUCGGGUGGUUGAAGAAGGAGGACUCUUCUACCCGAGACCCUACGAGUUUGUCUUGGGUUGGCGCUACCCCAUCCUCGUCGAAGAGCAGCUCUACGCGGUCGUGAAGAACGAGCUGAAUGGUUCGACCUUCGUUCAGGAAGGCCCUGUCCUGUUGAUGCUCGGUGCCUAUGAGCAGCUCCUGAAGAUGAGAACAAAAGUGGUGGUGCGCAAGGAUGAGUACCUGCGCCUGGUCGAUCGCCGCACUGGCGCGGAGCGAGUUGUUCACGGCCCAGCUGCCGUUGCACCUGCGCCGGAGGAGGACAUGCCGAGCGGCGUCGGCAAGGCUGCAUUGCUGACACCCAACACGGCUGCGAUCGUCCUGGACCACUCUACGGGUCAGCAGCAUCUACGAACGGCCGAAGGUUUGCUCAUGCCCGCCGCGUACGAGGAGAUCCUGGAGAUCCGCUCAAAGAUCCGGGUUUUGUCCCACCAGGCCCUGUUUACGCGGGCUCCCACCGGCGCGAUGACUCUUCACACAGCGGGCUCCUUCUUCUUGCAGCCGUACCACGACAUCUUUUCUAUGCAAUGGUCCGUCUACGAUGGAAACACAUCAGAGCCAGCACCCCGAGAGGAGGUAACGGUCGUGGACCUUCGCACGAACAGGCUUCCCUGGAAAUACAUUGCCAGCACGAAGGAUAACGUUCGGCUGCAACUGGAAGGUGCGACACUGUGGCGGGUGGUCGAUCCGAUGACUAUGGCCCAGAGCUGCGAGGACGCACCGGGGGACAUCCUUCAGCGCUCGCGUGCCGCAUUGUUGUCGGCCCUUGGACGAGUGCAGCUGCGCGACUUCACGUCGCGUGUCGCGGAAGUCACCAAUGAGACGGCGGAGGCGCUGAAAACGGAUGCGUUCGUCGUGCAACGAGGCUUGGAGGUCAGCGGAAUCUCCGUGACGAGGAUUGAGCCGGUGGAUACGGAAGUCGCGGAAGCCUUGCAAACUAUGAUCAAGGCGGUGACGCAGCACGUCGCCGAUAUGCAGAGGACGGAGACAGCAGAUGUGGUGACUUGGCAUGAAAAGUUGUUGUCCUUGCUACAGGCAUUGGGCAAGCGCCGGAGUCGGAUUGUUGUAGAGGGCACCGGCUUUGCCAUGGGGUUUCCUUUCUUCGAGGCGGUGCACUGGCUGCUGGUAUGGUUGUCAAAGCGAGUACACCGACCAGACUUCAAAGUGAAUCAUAACGAGUGGGCCAACCUCUUGAUUUCCAAUGGUCAGGCGUUGAUCUCUGGCUCUGUGGGUGCCUACGCGUUGCUGUACGAGGAGCCGUUUGCGAGCACGACGACCAAGGUGCUCCGGUUCGAGACCUCCAUCGACACAGUACACGGCUAUUCUCGAUCACUGGAGCAGGUGCUGCCCUUCAUCCUGGCCUACUUUGCGUACGACCUCCUGAACAUGACGAUGUUUAUGAGAGACAAGCCUACGGAAAAGCUCAUGCUGAUGCACCACGGGCUGUGUCUGCUGAUUUGGCCGUUGAGCUUCCACUACAGAGCCGGUAAUUACUAUGUGCUCUAUUUCAUUGCCGCGGAGCUUUCCACCUCACUUUCGUGGACUGCUGGAUACUUUCUCCCUCUUUAUGGUAUCACCGGGGCAGUCUACUAUGUGGUUGGGACCUUCACCCUCAUAGCCUUCACCACCGUCCGUGCACUUCCCUCGCCUUGGAUCUGGUGGCUGCUUGCCUGCAGCUUCUGUGGCUUGUUGAGUCUGACGCUCUGGACUCAAGCGCGGAUGCCAGAGUACUCUGCACAGGCACACUUUUUUGCAGGAUCUCCACAGGUGGUCACAUUUCUCGUUUGGCCAGAGUUGCCCUUCACACGGUUCGAUCCGAUAGAUGACAGUUAUGAUAACACAAGAUCGGGCCCGGAGGUAGAAAUGAUUGCACAAGUCCUGAUGCAAAAAGGUAGAAAUGACUGUCGCAGGCACUGCAGCACUGCAUAG